GUGUGGAAUGAUGUAUGCAAUCUCUAUGCCAAGCACUGAUUAGUAAUUCAAUAAGAUUUCCAUAUUAAUAUUCAUAUCAGCAUGAGGGACUUUUCUCAGCUGCAAUGAGAGAAAUACUUUAGCAAACUUUCAUCUGUGUUUUAGGAUGCAAUUGAUUAAACAUGCUAAUCAAAGCAUGAGGUGAGAUGAUUCUGUUCACCCCACAGAAGCUGCUGCUGACUCUUGUGCUGGAUGUCUGUGAAUGGACACUGUGCACAUCCCACACUAGGGGGCUGUACCUGCGAUACCUGCGAGGCUGUGCCCAUGUUUCUUAUCUUUGCAGGGGAAUUGGCAAACUUUCAUGGAAACCCAACGUUGCUCAUGUACUGAUGAACAUUGCUCCUCUUCAGUUCCUGUAAGGUUGAUUUCUUUGGCAGUGCAGAGGCACUCCAUAUUUAUGGUCACCCUUAUAAUGGAAUGUACCUUUAAUAGUGAUAGUUUAAUAGAGUUUUAUUAAGUUUUAUUUAUAUCCUCAUUUUUAUGUAGGGAUUGUAUUUUUAUAUUUCACAUUUCAAUUUAAUUUAAGUUUAAACAUUUUUUUGUUAAAAUCUUUGUAUUUUUUAUUAGUUUUUGCUUUUAAUGACUUGCUUUUUAAUUAUUCUUUUUAAGCAUAAGUGGUGACAUUGAGUAAGUGAUUUAUUAUACAAUUUAAUACAAGACUAUUGUAUGUGUAAAUGUUACAUAUUUGAUCAAAAGUACCCCAACAGCUCUUUAAUAAUAUCAAAAGGAAAUGAACUGCUUUAUGCUGGACCUUUAUGCAUCAACACAAAAUAAUCAAAUCAAUUUUGAAUUAUGAUUUCAUAUCUGUGACUAAUUUGUAUUAUCAGAAACAAAUAGUGGCCAGAGGACACAGGAAGCUUCUUUGCCCACUGUCCUCCCACAACUCAUAGACAGGAGCUACGCUCCAGAAUCUUCCUUCUUUCCACGGGACAUUGUCUUUCCCUGCAAAGCCCAUGCAACAAAAAUCAUGCAAAGCAGCAAAUCUGCUGAUAUCCUCUUGCGACUCCUCUUUUCCUGCUGGCCCUACACAGCUUCUCACCCCAAGUCCCAUUUAACUGAUUUAGAUUCACAUUGUUAAAUUCCAGGCAAGAAAGAUUAAGUUAUUUUUAGUUUUGAUCAUAAUUGUUUGUGAGCUUGGGUCUCUUCCUCACAAACAAUCCAGUGGCCCUGUUUGCCGAGGGGGCAGCAGAGAUGUUUGGAAUGUUACAGGUUACGAAGACAAGCUGGAGUUGUGUAACUACCACCCAUAACAGUCAGCCUAGUGGGGAGUGGUGCAUAUCACGAGCUAUAAGUGUGGCCAAACAGGACGGUUCAACAUUAGACAGGCACCUGCGGCUGAGAGAUCUAUUGGGAUUGCUUAGGUGAACAUCUGCACUUUUUUCUAUCGAAACAUACAUGCAACAUGGAAUCUAGAACUACUCUGAUCUUCAUUUCUACCAUGUGCACAAUUCUUCUUGAAGGCUGGGGGUUGCCUCUAGUGCCCCAGACUGACCCAAGUGACCCAUCUGCAACCCAUAGGGUCAGGAGCAAACGCUGCUCCUGCAACAACCAGCUGGAUUCGGAAUGCCACUAUUUCUGCCAUCUGGACAUCAUCUGGGUGAACACACCAGGUAAGACUACUGUGUAUGGAUUGGGCAGUCCGCUAACUCGCCGGCGCAGGUCUACAGGCCGCUGCUUUUGUGCCAAUCCUGCAGAUCGGACAUGCAAUGUAUUCUGUCACUACAGCUCUGAAAACCAUGCCAUCACGCUGGUGCACCCAUCUGAACCUGUGCCUGAAAAACAGGAACAACCCAAAUCAGAUCAUGUGACUGCCCUAAUUAACUCCGAAAAUGCCAGUCCAGGAGUUCUGGUUUUAGGGAAGUCUUCCUCCCUUGGAGCUCAGUCAAAUGUCAUAACCUUCCUCAGGAAGCUGGUUAGGGCUAGAGCCAAAGCAAUGGGAAAGGCAUCCAAGGCCAGUCAACCUGGCUACAGAUGAAGUCCUUACAUGGGAGAGAUGGAAGUGUGAGCACUUGAACAAAAGUUGACCCUUGUGAAACCAGGGGCAGCAGAACAUGCAUAGGCUGCGAUCUGGAAGUGGUAUUCCUCAAGGACAGUCCUGUGGAAACUGAGCCUCUGUUGCAGGUUUAAGACAGAAUGGCAGAGAUGAAGUCGUGUGCAAUGUAAAGGAGAUACUUGUGAGUUAUGGACAAAUCAGACCUGUACAUUGGGAAAGCACAGAUGAGGUUUAGGUGUUAGCAACAGGCCUGUAGUGCAAACAGGACAUUAGCUAAGUGGCUAUGCUAGAGAUACCUGACAGCAUCAUAACUAGUCAAAAACACCACGUUUGAACAGUUUGAAGUAAAAUAGACAAGUGCUAAUGAAAAGUUGGUUGGAAGAGCACAAAUAGGAAGAAACUGCAAUACUUCUAUUUAUUGGCACCACUGAAGCAGACCUUCAUCUUUUAGUUUUAUUUUUCUGUUUAACAAAACAGUCCUAUAUGUUCUAACACAAUCUGACAUAAUGACAACAUUAUCCUCAUGGUGCAGCUGAUGUUAUGGUUAUUUUAAUAUUAGCAGCCAAUGAGCUUGCUGUAGCAAUUGCAGCACAUUUCAGAAACCCUCCACCUUCCCCAGCUCCACCUGUAUAGAUCUGCUGGGGGGUGAUUUCAUGUGUAUUAUAUGUGAGGGUUAUUUCAUAUGUCUUAUAUGUGCAGCAGCAGUAUUUCUUAUAUGCUCACAGCAGCAUUUUUAUGGAUGUACUGGCAGUAGCAAGUCUCUGUACUUUAAACCAAGUAUUACCUGACCUUUAAAGUUGGCUUAGAUAGUAAUGAUAGUAAUACAAUAGUUAUGGAAUGUUUCAGUGAAUAUAGCAUAAGGAUGACCACUUUGUAUGGACUUUGCUCUUGUUUUUCAUAUCAAUCCAGCUUUACAGCAUUAAGUAUUCAAGUGAUGCAGACAGUUGUGUUGUUGCAAUCUGUAGCUGGAGAACUUUCCUAUUUAUUAGCACUGAAACAUCUUAGAGUGCUAAAAGUGUAGUGUACAGAAUAAGUAUGCACUUUAAGAUUACUUUUGGCUGUUAUACUAAUAUAUAUACAUAUAUAUUUGUUUAAUCGUUAAGAAUUUUGUAGAGAAAGAUUCCUGUAUUGUAUAUAAACAAUAUGGUUUUGUUA